CCACCUAAGGCAGUGGUAUACGGGGUCCAGCCGCGGGGGCUCGCACCCACGCUGGGCGUUGGUGAACCCUGACGAAAGAAAUUCCCCUUCUCUCGCUCCCCCCGUCCCGUGAUGGCAGCAACGGCGCCCGGCGCCGGCGCCGUCGAGGUUUCCAUGGACGACAAGGCCAAGGCUUUGGUGGCCGCGAAGAUCAAGGAAGGGGAGUACAAGGUGCAGAUGAUAGGACAGUACGCGGUGCGGACGGACCGCGCAAUCGAUGCGCUGGAGAAAAAGGUGCAGGACAUCGAGGCGGUGAUGGAUCUCGAGCUGAUGCUCGGCGAGUACUGCGCCGACCUCUCGGACAUGCACAAGGCGCGCCACUACUACCGCGCCACCUCGCUCUCGGAGGAGGAGAAGCUCUACCUCCACCAAAUCGACGACUUCGCCACCGCCACCAUCGCCGAGUACGAGGCCAGCGUCGGCCCCGUCCCCGCCUUCGACAACCACCUCAGCCUGUUCAGCCAAGAAAUCCCACUGGAGUUCCCCGAACCCUUGGCUCCCCCUCCCGCUUCUUCGGCUUCGGCUUCGGCUUCGGCUUCGGCUUCUCACCACGAGUGGGAGCCCAGUUCUGGCUUCUCGUUCGACCCUCCGUGGAAGCGAGUUUAGCCACUUUCAACUCAAAAGAUGAAGUAGGGAUGUUGGCAGAACGGGAGAUUCUGGCCCAGUUCUUUUGGCCGAUUCUCUCAGAAUCUUGAGAAUCGACCCUCCAUCCAUCUUCUCUCAGAAUUUUGAACCCAUAUUUUUUUGACAAUCCUAGUUGUUUAGAUCCUAACUAGCUAGGAUUGUAAAAAGUUAUGAGUUCAAGGUUCUGGGAGAAGCUGAGGGGAGGCCCGAUUCUCAAGAUUCUGGAAGAAUCGGCCAAAAGGACUGGCCCUCUAUCUCCUUGGGACUCUUCUACGUGUUCGAUUGUAGUAGUCAAUUAACAGUUGAGAUUUGGUACAUUACCUAGAUAGUGGUUGUAGCUCUAUUAGCAUGGCUAGUAGUAAAUUGUUCAGGGGGACAAAAGUAGCCGCUCGGUAAAGUAUUCAGGGUCAAACCAGUUAAUCUACAAUUUGUUCCUCGCUGUCCUCAAGAUCUUCAAAGGAUCUUGACCAAUUAUUAUUCUGUUUCGCCGAACGUUUACCAUUGCAUUGCUACACACUGUUUAGAGCCCCUCCAGUUUUGUCUUAGCAGCGAAACGAUGUUAGUGUCUAGAUCGAGUAGGUUAGUACUUGUUUCUUGAUCCGCUUGAGUUAAUAUAUCAGGUUCACCAUCGAUUUGUUUCCUGAAUGGCCUUUCAUCCCAAACCAAAGUACCAAACUGUAGAUUAAAGUGUUAGGUGUGGGGUGGCUUGAGCUGUGGACAAUGCCUUCAUACUUGUCCGUCCUAGCUCCAAUUAUGUCUUGUUCUAUCUGCCUCGGAGCCUGGCAUUCACUAUUUCACUGCACACUUGAUUAUUCAAAUUGGAAAUGAAUUGAUUUAGGGUUAUAGAUAUCUUCACGUGUUCCGUUUGGUUGGAGACACCAAGAACUGGAGAACUUUGUAAACAACAGUAAGAUCAAUCACAGUCGGUGAGUAGGAUAAAUGGAUGCAUUACUGAUUUAGCAGCCCUACUAAAUAGAUGUAGCUGGUAUUCCAUAGUAUAACACCAGUAACUUGUGCGUAGAAAACAAAUAUGCCUUUUUGAACAUACAUUUUGAUUGCUUUUGUUCUAUUUAUAUAUUAGCCACAUAAUGUUUGUGCAUAUAUAUAGGUGGGAGCCCAGCUCUGGCUUCUGGUUCGACCCCCGUGGAAGCAAGUUUAGCCACUUUCAACUCGAAAGAUGAAGUAGGCAUGUAGGGACUCUUCUACAUGUUCGAUUGUAGUAGUCAAUUAACAGUUGAGAUUUGGUAUAGUACCUAGAUAGUGGUUGUAGCUCUAUUAGCAUGGCUAGUAGUAAAUUGUUCAGGGGCACAAAAGUAGCCACUCGGUAAAGAAUUCAGGGUCAAACCAGUUAAUCUAUAAUUUGUUCCUCGCUGCCCUCAAGAUCUGCAAAGGAUCUUCACCAAUUAUUAUUCACUUUCAACUCAAAAGAUGAAGUAGGGAUGUAGGGACUCUUCUACGUGUCCGAUUGUAGUAGUUAAUUAACAGUUUGGAUUUGGUAUAGCACCUAGAUAGUGGUUGUAGCUCUAUUAGCAUAAAUUGUUCAGGGGCACAAAAGUAGCCACUCAGUAAAGGAUUCAGGGUCAAUC